AUGACAGCAGCGAACCAAUUCAAGAAUCUAGGCCUCGCAGCGGUCGGCUACCAAUACGUCAACAUUGAUGACUGCUGGACUCAACAAGGCCGUAACGGCUCUGGCUAUCUCGUCGCCGAUCCUUCCAAAUGGCCUAAUGGUGUCGCAUACGUCGCCAACCAGGUCCACUCCAUGGGUCUGAAGUUUGGACUCUACGGCGAUGCCGGCAAGCAAACCUGUGGCGGACAUCCUGGAAGUAUGGGAUACGAGACCAAGGAUGCUCAACUCCUCUCGAGCUGGGGUGUGGAUUACUGGAAGUACGACAACUGCUACACCAACUGCAACGGCCAAUACCCACAGACCUGCUGGAACAUCCCUAGCAGGGAUGUCAAGCCAUGGUACACCACGAUGGGUAAUGCCAUAUCAACUGUCAGUCAUCCUAUCCUAUUUUCGCUCUGUGAGUGGGGUCAGGAUUCUGUCUGGACCUGGGGCAGAUCCGUGGGAGGGAGCUCCUGGCGUAUGGCCAAUGACGUGCAAAAUAAUUGGGGCUCAGUCUCGUCGAUCGCUGCGACAGCUGCAGGUAUCGCGCAGUAUGCUGGACCUGGGGGCUUCAACGACUUGGACAUGCUUGAAAUCGGCAACGGAGGCCUUUCUGCGGCAGAGGAGCGUGCACACUUUGGACUGUGGGCCAUCGCAAAGUCACCACUGAUUAUUGGCACCGACUUGUCAAAAAUCUCUUCCUCAUCCCUAGCUGUCCUCAAAAAUGCUGACAUCAUCGCCGUCAACCAAGACUCACUCGGCAAAGCAGCGACAUAUUUUAAACCCAAAAAUGCUGCAAACCCGAUAGGAGGCCAGCUUUAUCCAUAUUGGGCCGGUCAGCUCAGCAACGGCGUCGUUGUCGGUGUCGUCGCCGCCAGCGGUGCGCUCAAUUACAAUGUGAAUUUCUUUGAUGUUCCUGGUUUGGGCUCGGGCUCGUUCAAAUGGAAGGAGCUGUACAGUGGCAAGACUGGCAGCGGGUCGAGUGUUUCGGGAUCGCUACAGAGUCAUGAUAUGGCGAUUUACAGAGUCAGCAAGUAG